CUGAAAAGACUCUGCAGACGUUCCGUUAGAUUUCCAGAGGAGGGGGGUUUGAUCAGGAAAAAAACUUAUAACUCUGUGUGAAGACAAAAGCGGACUACGAAGUCAGUAGUGUAUCCCUCUUUUUUAUUUUACUCUCUUUACUUGAAAGCCGUGAAAAGUGGAAACGCGUGUUUUUUCUUCCUCUUCUUCUUUUUCUUUUUUUUUUUUUUUUUUUUUUUGUUUCCUCCCAGCCUGAGGGGACUUAGCACCAUCAGAGGCGAUGAGAUGUGAGUGAGCUAUGCCUUUUGGAAAUGGACAGACUUUAUCCAAGCGAGAACAUGGCGUCUGCGUCCCGAGGUUUAGCUUCUUUCCCGGUCUGCUUGUGGCGCUGUGCUGCCUGGAGGUGUGGGGCUCCGGGCCGCACGGUGGCGGCGGCGGCAGCUGCAGCCCCUGUCCCGUUAACUGCAGCUGUGCGCCAGCGGGGCCCCAGCGGCUCUGCGUCGUUAAUUGCUCCAGCCUCGGACUGGAAAGGGCCCCAGCGGCUGCUGAGUUUCCGCCGACCGUCAACGCACUAGAUCUGUCCAAGAACCACAUCUCCUCCCUUGACACCACCCUGCUGGAUCGUCUCACGGGCCUCCGAGAGCUAGAUUUGAGCAACAAUCAAAUUACCACCAUCGAUGAAAGGAUAUGCGACAACUUAUGUAACCUAACACAAAUCGAUCUAAGUAAUAAUCCCUUUGAAUGUGACUGUGAGCUGUUCCGGUUGGUGAAGUGCCUCAAGGAAAAAAGAGUCCAGGUCCGACGCCCUCAUGCUAUGCUGUGCAACCACCCGCCUGCGCUUCGCCAACAGCCUCUGCUCAACAUUAGCCUGCAAACCUGUGGUCUCAGCUACGCCGCUUGUCUGGAGGACAGCAGCAGCCGAGGAGGAGGUCGAAGUGAGCUUGUGAUCUUCACUUACUCCAAGCCCGGGAACUACACGCGCGAGCAGUGUAACAGCGUGUGCUUCGGUUUGUCGCACCUCUACGGAGGCUUGGGAGAAAGGCACGAGUGUCUGUGUAGCACGAACAACGAGCCCAACUUCAUCAGCGGAUCCCACUGCUCGGCCGCCUGCACCAACCGCCAUGUGAUGACGGAAUGUCGGUGGACUCUGGCCCGUGAUGUGUUUGCGGUGGAGUUCUCCGUCUCGCUCAGGGCUCUCCCACUGCAAAGCGUGCACGACCUCAUCGUUUUCUCCGCCACCUCCUCUGUCACGCCCGUGACCCUUUCCUGGGACUUUGGCGAUCUCUCGCCUCGUCUCAGCUCUACGGAAAAGGGUGUCACCACAGCAGCUCACAAGUUUGCAAUUCCAGGACAUUAUGAAGUCAGUCUGAAGGCCUGGGCUGGACACAAGGAGGUGUCUGCGCGGACAGAUGUGACCGUGGCUCUUCCUCCCAAACUCGAGCUGCACUGUCCGGCGUUCGUCGUGGCCAACAAGAGUGUGGAUGUCACACUGGUCAGCUGGGGCGGCGUCGGCUUAAAUGUGAACUGGACAAUCUCACAGAAUGAUGUCCAGGUUGCCAAAGCCUUCCCGGACUGUCCUCCGAGGGAAGGGGUGUUGCACAGCAAGUCCUCCAGCUGCUUCCAGAUCUUUCCAGCGGAGCUGAGCUGGAAAGAUGCUCGACAGCAGUGUUUGAGUCGCAACGGGGAUCUGGCUGUGGUUAGGAGUGAUGAACUUCGCAACCUGCUGGCAUGCAAAGUCACACAGGAGCGAGGCGUGUGGCUGGGCUUGAGCGACGUCGACUCUCCGGGAAAACUGCUCUGGGUGAACGGAUCUGAGGCUCAGGACGGGGAGGAGGGCCAGCAGCCGCGCUCGUCCAUCUCUGGCGGAAACGUGUGCGUGUCUUUUGAUCAGAGCGGUCAGACCAGCUCUCACCUCUGCGACUCUAAGAGGGCUUAUGUUUGCCAGUACAACCCCCACGUGCGCGUUCCAGAUGCCGGAGUGUAUCUGUUGGGCAUGGCCGUCUUUCCUUCCGAUCAUCCGUUACUCCAUUUAUCAACAACCCUGCCCUCUGCUCCACAGUCUCUGAGCAGUGUCAUUGAGAUGCUGAUGUUUCCUGCGAUGAGCUUUGUUCAGGCUGGCCGUCUGUCCUCUUUGGAGAUCAUCAUCCAGGAGCAAAGCUCUCAAGUCCACAUCAGAUUCCAGACCUACAGACCCAAAUGUCCCGGCCAGCACCUGCUGCUGCCCAGUUGCGGCGGUCCAGCUUGUUCUCCGGCGGCAGUUUGUGUCCCCAGUCAAACAUUGAUCAAAGAUUCGCCAUCUUGCCCCCCGGCACAGCAGUGGUGUCCCUUCCAGGGUAGUUGCCUGACUCUGGCCCAACCAUGCCACCCAUCUUCGUGUACCAACUGCACCCGGGGUCACCACCUGCCACCAGGGACGUCGAGGCCCCAGUACACCUUAAAGAAUGAAAUCGUCUUCGCUCUCCCACCAGGACCAGCGCGUGCAUUGUUGAUACAAGACCAGCUGGAGGACAUCUUGGUCUCACCCGGCGACGUAAUCGCUCUGCAGCACGACGGCGGCCCAUCAGCUCUUCUUCAUUGUCAGUCGUCUCCACAGUCACCGUGGCGACAGCCGGUCCUAGCCCUGAACUUGUCCGAGUGGUUCUGGAUGAACAACACCAGGCAGUCUGCAGAUUUCCCAGAUCUGAAUGUGGAGAAUUUUAUAAGGAAUGGUGAGGGGGGCUGGCUGGAGGAGGAAAGCUGCUGCAUCAGAGUGCUGUAUGUGGGACAAAACAGGACCCAGCUGCAGGGAGCCCAGCUGUCUGCUGGUCUACCCCAGCCUGGACUCUACAGCCUGCUGGUUUCCACCACUGAACCAUCAUACCCAUCUUCAGCAUCUUGUCCGCUCCGAGUUGUACCUCCCCUCGGUUUGACGAUCCUCCACCCUACUCUGAACAACGGCACAGUCUACAUGCAGCCCAACAACACCAGGCUUGUACUCCGUGUGCAGUCCCCCUAUGAGACGAGGGUAUCACGACAAGGCAGCAGUGUCAGUGUGACCUUCCAGUUGAAAUGCCCUGCUGAGUUUUUGUCCAGCCCAGCUGUCUGCGAUAACGGGUGGAAGUCGGGUUCAACAGUCGAAGCCUCUGAACCCGUCUUGUAUGCGGUGCUAGAUCUGAGUUUGGGAGAAGAGGAACAGAGAGGUCAAGUGCAGGUGGAGCUGGAGGCGCAUAAUAAUGUGACAGAAGCCACCCUGCCUUUGGUCGUCCACUUGGAAGAUCCACUCGAAGGGCUAGUGGUGCAGCCAGACCCAGAACACAGGGUCCUGAUGGAGUCCGUUGUGAGCUACACUGCGUCGGUGCUUAAAGGUUCUAAUCCCACAUUCAAGUGGACUGUGGAUGAUAAGCCCUACUUCACUUACUUCAACAGUGUUCUCAACGUGAUCUACCAGAACGCUGCCAUCUACAAGCUCACAGUGACAGCCUCAAACCAUGUCAGCACACUGACGAAGCAUUUCAACAUAACUGUUGAUCGACUGCAGCCGAUGGCCAACCUCACGGUAAAGGGGGUGCCGGAUGUGGUUCCUCAGGGGUCCAAUCAGACACUCACCACCUCUGUGCUCGUGGACAUGUCGGUACCAGCCACAUUUCGAUGGUCCUUUGGUGACGGUGGAUAUGAGGAAUUUGAGUCAAAGCCUCCAUAUUCUCCGUCUCUCCUCUGUAAAGACUCCCCUAACCAAGUUCUCUUGAGCAAAAACAUCACCUAUAUCUACUCUCAGCCAGGUAUCUACACAGCGCAGGUAUCCGUAUCCAAUCGCUAUGACAACAUCAGCCAGAGCAUCAACAUGAGUGUUUACAGCAUCCUGACGCAUGUCGACAUACAAACAGAGCGGCAGUUUGUGCUUUUGGGCCAAUCGUCCUUCUUUGAGGCCCAUCCUCUGCCUUCGCCGUAUGGUAUUCACUACGAUUGGGACUUUGGGGAUGGCACCGCCCUCAAAGGUCGGCGGGUGUCACACACCUUCGCACAGAGCGGCAACUUCAACGUCUGUGUGUCAGUGAACAACACCAUCAGUUUCACAUCGACCUGUGCAGAGAUAUUUGUCUACGAGGAGAUUGAGGGCCUCACAGCCAAAAGCUCCUCUCCCACAGAGCUCCAAAGCCCCACCAAGGUGUGGGCACAGCUCAGUUCUGGUAACAACAUCACAUGGAUUUUCUCCAUGGGGGACGGCACUGAUCCUAUAAUUACAUCUCAUCCUAACAUAUCGCACAACUAUGUCAAAGAGGGCAACUACACAGUGAAUGUGACUGCCAUGAACGCAGUGAGCUUUGGCUGGAUGCCCCUCUCAGUUCAUGUGUACGUCUUCCAAGUCAUAAGGAUGGAGCCUUCAGGAUGUGUCCAGGAGCGGACCAAAGUCAACUUUCAGGCCUGGGCAUCCGGCAAUGCAACAAUUCACCAGUACAAUUGGAGUUUUGGGGAUGGGAGCCCCAAUGAGACGAUUCAGGGCAACUCCAGCGUCUCACACACCUACCAGCUGAGUGGGAACUACCACCUCUCUUUGCUUCUCUCCAGUGGAGUCAACAGAGCCACCAAGGCCAAUUUCUUCAACUGGGUGUGUGUGCAGCCAGCUGUGACUAAUGUCAGCAUCUUCCCUAAAAAAUCACACUACGGAGUUGGAGAAGAAGUACAAUUCAAAGUGAUAGCUGAGCCAGAGUUCAAUUACAGCUACCAGUGGGACUUUGGUAGAGGGGAGGAGCCAUUCUUCACCCACGGCUCUGGAAAUGCUGUAGCAAAGUAUAAAAAGUCAGGUCGUUAUGUGAUAACUGUUCAUGUUUUCAACAACAUCUCUGCCAAUAACACGAGUGCUGUCAUUGAUGUUCUGGUUCCCAUUGGACCGAUCUUGAUACGUCACAAUGGGACAAAGAACAACAACUUGACAAGAGGAACUCCAUACACUUUCACAGCUUCUUCUCUGGCCUCUGAUGUUACUUACACCUGGAGUUUUGGAGAUAUUCAAGUGGUUACUGGCCAGAGUAUCGUCCAUACAUACAACAUCUCUGGGAACUACAACAUCACACUAAAAGCUGCCAACAGUGUUAGUCAAAAUGAGACUUUUCUACUGGUUUCUGUGUUUGCGCAGAUUUUAAGACUGAAAGUGAAUGCUAGCGUCGUAAAUGCCCCCUUGUAUGAGCAAGUCAACUUUGUGGCCUACCAGGAGGAUGGAGACAGUGUAGACUACUCCUGGAUUCUGUGUGACCACUGCACCCCGAUCCCAGGGACCAAUACCAUGUUCUACACCUUUCACUCCAUUGGCACCUUCAACAUCACUGUGAUAGCGAAGAACGGCGUGGGAACAGCAAAUGCAAGCAUCUCCCUGUUUGUCCAACGGAAGCUGGAGGGCCUGCAGAUUUUGGCAGAGGACAUCAAAGGAGGCGGAAGCGCAGCGCUGGAAAGCUGUUGCUAUGCAACAAACAUCGUUCUUCAUCUUCAAGCGGGAUUGAAGGAGGGCACCAACAUGACAUUUAUCUGGAACAUUGUCAGAGAGCAGGAUACUGUCAGCUCAUUCAACAUGAGUGGAAAAAUGGUGGAGCUGAAUUUCUCAAAGCCAGGACCCUGUAACAUCUUUCUUCGAGCGGAGAACCUCCUGGGUCAUCUUCUGGUCAACAAAACCAUCUAUUUUUUUGAACCACCUUCUGGUGUUGACCUAAAGAUCAGUAACAACCCAGUUGCCACUGGAGCUACAACAAACCUGACAGUAGAGGUCAUGAAGGGUUCAGAACUACAGUAUCGGUGGUCUGUGAAUGGAAAGAAUCAGCCGUCGACCGCACCCUGGUUGGCCUACACCUUCGACAGUCCAGGUCGAAAAAAAGUUUCAGUGGAGGUGUUCAAUAAAGUUAAUUCAACAAUUAAAUCAAAGACCAUCGACGUCCAAGAUAUAAUUACUGGCUUAAGUUUCUCAAUAGCCAAUGAGAAGGACCGGAAUCACUUUGAAACCAGAGUUGGCAUCAACUUGGAGGGGGAGGUGAUGACGGGAACUGAUGUGAGGUGGACGUGGCUGGUGGAAGGAACUACUAAAUCAGGAAGGCAAACUUUUCUCAAUUUUUCUGAGCCUAAAACAGUCAUCAUUACUCUGAACGCCACCAACAACGUUAGCAGUAAGGCCUUUUCAAGGGAGUUCUUUUUUCAGGACAAGAUUAAAGUGGAACUGAAAGUCAGUAAGGAGUAUGCAGCAGUUAACGAAAAGGUGGAGUUCACACCCCUUCUGAUAGAGGGUACGAACGUCAGUCUGACCCUCACCUUCAGCCCUGAUGCAAAAAUCCACCCUCAGCCGAACAAAACCUACACUCACGCCUUCAGCAAGGUGGACACUUACUACGUGAAUCUGCAGGGAUGCAACAAGAUAUGCUGUUACAAUCACAAACUUCAAAUAGAAGUGAUGGAGCCGGUGAGUGGACUUUCCAUCCAGGGAGUCAGCAAAGCCAUCUCCGUGGGCGAGAAAAGGACGUAUACAGCCGACAUCGAGAAGGGGAAUCCUGUCAGUUUCGUGUGGACGUUUGAACUGACUCACCAGAAGGUCACACAUGUGGGCAAACAGGUGCAAUAUGAUGCAGAAAAGCCAGGCCUGUUGAUCAUUCUUCUGAGGGCUAUAAACAACGUGAAAGAUCAGAACAUCACUGAGCACAUACAAGUGCAGAACCGCAUGAACUCCGCCGAGCUGUAUGCGGUGCCGCAGGAUACUUUUGUCAACAAGACAAUCACCUUGAUGGCCCAUACUACGCCCACGUCCAGCCCAGUGGACUGCCUGUGGGACUUCGGGGACGGUUCUGUGAGAGUCGCCACCAACACAACCACCACCACUGUGCGCUACAGUCAUCCAGGAAACUAUUUGGUCCAAGUAAACUGCAGUAACCUGGUGAGCUUGGUUUUGGCCGAGGUGGAGGUAAACAUCAGAGUGCUGGAGUGUGAGGAGCCAGAGGUGCAGAUCUCUCAGUCCCGCCUUGUGGUCUGGCGCUCCCAGCCCAUUUCAGUGGAAGCCAGCAUGGACUUGAAGGGCUGCGUGCUCUACGGAGUUCAGUACCUCUGGCAGGUAUUCUCAAAGUCAACCUGCGAAGACGAAAUAAUGAAAGAGAGACCUUUACCCCCCGCGCUGGAGUCUCGGUUUCCUCCCAGCCAAGCUGUCCGCCUGCCUGUGGAGGUGGAUGUGCGGCGGCUACAGUUGCAGCUGCCAAAGAUGGCUUUGGCAGCAGGGAACUACUGCUUAGUGUUUUCUCUGUCAUACGAAGGCGUGCCGCUACGGAAAGCUGCCUGUCUGCAACUCAGUAUAAUGACUGCUAAGUUGAAGCCCAUUAUUGAAGGAGGAACCCGGCGGGUGUGGUCCAGGACGCGGGACCUGCAGCUCAGUGCAGAGCAAUCCUAUGACCCCAACAUGGACCUAGACAACCAAUCUCUGCUGCGUUACUUCUGGGAGUGUGAAAGUACCUCUAAGGGUCCGGAGCACUGCUCCAGCCUGCACUUCAGCCUGGGUACGGAUCCGGUGUUGGGAGUCUCCGGCUCGGAGCUGGAGGCAGGCGUCGAGUACACCUUCAAACUAACCAUCAGCAAAGAUGGCAUGGCACCAGAGUCCACUACUCAGACUGUGCUUGUGCAGAGCGGCGACAUUCCCAUGGUGUAUCUGGAGUGUGUGUCCUGUAAGGCCCAGUCCAUUUACGAGGUCAGCCAGAACUCGUUUGUCUCCCUUAAAGGAACCUGCACCAACUGCCAGGGCUCUCAACGAGGGCGCUGGAGCGCCAUGACGCUGCGCAACGAGACUCUGGUCCUGGACUCGUCCUCUACCACCACUGGGAGUGACGGCACGAACCUGGUGCUGCGACAGGGAGUCCUGAGGGACAAAGACUCCUAUAUCUUCACGCUGCAUGUGACUGACAGCAGUUUGGAUGGUGAGGGAGCUGCGUCUAUCAUACUGCACCACAACAUGCCCCCAGAAGGCGGGGAGUGUCACCUGACAGGAGCAGGGGAGGCGGGAGUACUCUACGGGGACGGAUGGAGGAUCCGGACGUUGCUGGACCGGGUCCAUUUCAACUGCUCAGGGUACAGUGAUCUGGGUGUCUCAGAAACCCCGUUCCUGUACAGCCUGCUGGUGACGCGCUGCAGAGAGGAUUACUGUGAGGAUUUCUGUAUCUACAAAGGCAGCAACCCGGAGCACUCAGCCUUCCUGCCACCGGGCUUCCGCUCAGCUCGACACCGUGUGUCCGUGUCCAUCACAGUGGAGGACCACCAGGGUGCUGCCAACCUCGCACUUAACAAGACCAUUGAGGUUGUGCUGCCAGAUCUUCCUCCUGAGUACAGCAGUCUUCCUCACUGGCUGUCUGAGAUCACCGACAGCAAGCUGAAGAGGCUGCUAGAGCAGGGAGACUCCCAAAGGGUCCGAGAGUUAUCGCUGGCUCUCAUUACAGUGCUGAAUGAGUAUGAACAAACCAGGGUGUCUUCACGCGUGUCUCGAGACGAGCGCGACUACAGAGUUAGAGUUCGCAGCAACAUCACCAGAGCGCUGACUGCUCUCGACCUGAACACCGUCAGCGACAUCCAGCAGACGUCUGCCGCCUUGGCGCAAUGCACGGCCGUGAGUCGAGAGUUCAUCUGUGAGGAGUGUCAGAACAGCACGCUAAGCAAGCUGGAGUCAAUGCUGGAGAUCCUGCAGACGGACACCAAGCAAGGGACGGUCCCCCCCACAGAGAUAGCCGAUAACAUCCUAAACAUCAUGGGUGACCUGAUCCAUCAGGUCAGCCAGUCGGCCUCCCAUUUUAACUUCCAGCCCGUCUAUGUGGAUGCACCUUCUCCCUCCUCCACCUCCUCUUCGUCAUCGUCAUCUGCUGAUCGUGAUAACAGCCUGAUGGACGCCCCAGCCUCCUCCCUGGAAACUCAUCCUCUGCGCGUGGCGGCGAAGGCCUACAGCCUGUCCUCCGUCCUCAUGCUGAUCCUCAUGCACACCCGGGUGCUCAACGAGGAGCCUCUUGUCCUCAGAGGGGCCGAGAUAGCCGCCACAGGCAAACUGGCCGACCCCCAGAGUCUCCUCUGCUACCAUGGCAACAGCAGUCCAGAAUGUGAGCGGUUCUCCAUCCCCCGAGCUUUUAACCAAAGCCUCGGCAGAGCUGCUGCAGGAAACAGCAUCUUGCAGCUACUUUUUCAGGUGGAGUCCAACCCCUUCCCUUUCAACUACAUCUCCAAUUAUCCCGUCUCCACCGAGGUGGCGUCCAUGGAGUUUCGCACCGAAAACGGCACCCACAUCCCGAUCUCUGGGCUCGACGACAGCAUGGCCAUCACGGUUGCUAUUAGCAACAGCAGCAGCAACGGGGACGCAGGCGCUGAGGGUCCUGGGGUUGCUGGAGUUCCCUCAGCCGCAGCGGUAAACAUCAGCCGCUGCGACUCGGUGGUGGUCAGAGUCAGCGCAGGAAACAGCAACAGACAGGCUGGCCUGUUUGUCCAGCUCAACUUCACCUCAAUCGAAGAUGCAAACAAGAGCGACGAAGAUGAAAAAGCGGAGGAGGAGCCGUUCCUGAACGCCUACCUCCAUUCCCACGAGGAACCCAACGAGUUCAACUGCACGGACAGGAAGCGCAUCACUCUCAGUAUGACCAGAGGGCAAGACCACAGGAAGUACACCUUCUUCCUGUCACCAGAAUCCUACGACACCACUCAGGAUUACUUCAUCAAUGUAAGCACCCCCUGCGGCCCUGAUUCUCAGCCUGCCCGUGUUCGCCUGGAGGUCGGGGUGUUUGCCGUUCUCUGUCAGUACUUCAGCGAGGCCGAGAAGCAGUGGAGGACGGACGGGAUGGUGCCGCUGGCGGAGACCAACUUCAGCAGAGCCGUCUGCCGCACAAGACACCUCACAUCGUUUGCCGUGGGCCUGUUUGUGCCGACCAAUGCCGUUAGCUUUAAAGUGCCAGAGCGUUCAGGUGCACCAAGCCUGAUUGUUCUGCUGGUGUGCAUACUGGGCUUGCUCAGCUACAUUGUGGCAGCAGCCAUCUUGCACAAGUUGGACCAGCUGGAUCUUCGCCGAGCGGGUGUGGUUCCACUCUGCGGCCAGAACGGGAGCUUCAAAUACGAGAUCCAGGUCAAAACGGGCUGGAGCCGAGGGGCAGGUACGACAGCUCAUGUAGGAAUCAGCCUGUAUGGACGUGAGAGCCGCAGCGGACACCGCCAUCUUGACAGCAAAGGAGCGUUCACGCGUAAUGCUCUCGAUAUCUUUCACAUCGCCAUGGACACCAGCCUGGGCAGCGUGUGGAAGAUCCGGAUUUGGCACGACAACAAAGGCCUGUCCCCGGCAUGGAGGCCACAGUACGUGUUGGUCAAAGACCUGCAGACUGAAAGCAGCUACUACUUCCUGGUUGAGGAGUGGCUGUCAGUUGACAAUGAAACAACCAGAGGACGAGUGGAGAUCGAAGUGGAGGCCACGGAGGAAGCUGUGCUUCGUCGCCUGCCUCGACUCCUGAGGUCUGAGCUGCAGAGGGCGCUGUGCGAGAGUCACCUUUGGCUGUCUCUGUGGGAGAGGCCCCCUCGCAGCCCCUUCACCCGCCUGCAGAGAGCCACAUGCUGUGCUGUGUUGCUGCAGCUCAUCCUGCUGGCAAACACCUUGUGGUACAGUAUUGUAGUGGACAAAAGGCACAGCCAGAGGGCGGUGUCCCAGCAUUCCUCGCUGAGCGGAGAGACGCUAGCAGCCGGUGUGGUGGCCUGUCUGACCGUCUAUCCCCUCUACCUGCUGGUCUUCACUGUGUUCAGAAUGAGCCGCAGCAAGUCUGUGACCGUGGAGCAGGUGUCGUCACAAGUGGAUCAGGAGUCGGUUGAGAUCGAUGACCUCCUGGAAGACUCUAUGGGAGGAAGUUCUUUCCUCUUUUUCAACGGAGAGACCAACUCGGAGGAAACAAACGUGGAUCUGCCUUCUCCAUCUAUCAAGAGUGAGGACACCUGGGACAUGCCAGAGGAGGACACGGACGACCGGGACUGGCCGGAGCUGAUGAGCGAAGAAUCGGUGAUGGGAGGGGCCGGACACGGGGCGGGGAUGCCCAGGCUGAAGAGGGUGAAAGGGAGCCGGUACCUGGGGGAUGACAUGACCCUUAACCCCGAGGAGGAUGAAGGAUCCGAUCCGCAACACAACAAACAUUUCACCUCAUCAGAUGAGGAUCUGAUCAAACACAUCCUGGAAGACGGGCAAAACUUCUUUCCUCAGGCAGACGAGAGUGAGAUGGCCGACCUGUCAAGUAUUUUUGGGGACAAGACAGAAGUGAUUCUCCUUCAGAAACUCAGUGAGCCUCUUACUGUAGAAUCCUUCAGGAGGGAUCCACCGAAAACAGCUUUCACCUCAAAUACAGUUGUGACCGAUGUGUGUCGUCCCCGACGGUUCCCUCCCUGGUGUGGACGGGCGGCGCUGUGGGGCAGCUGGGCAGGAAUCGCUCUGGCCAGCUGUGUUUCCAUUUGGGCGGGCCAUGGGUUCAGUGAGAAGGCGGCCAUGAUGUGGUUAAUCUCCUGCUUCGCCAGUUUCUUGUGCUCCUGUCUGCUGCUGGAGCCAAUUAAGGUGCUAUGCGAAGCCGUUUACUUCGCUGUGUGUGUGCGCCGGCUGCGUCCGGAGGACAGUGACGUGCUGGUGGACUUCCCACGGGAGGAGCGAGUGGUGCAGCGGGUCGCCAGGGUGAGACCCCCGCAGGGCUUCGCUCUGUCUCAGGCCCGGCACCAGGCCCGCAAGGUCCACAUGCUGCACACCAUGCUAAAGAAUUUUCUGGUUUACAUGUUUUUCCUGCUGGUCGUCCUGCUUCUGAACUACUCUGACUCGGCUAAAGACACGCACAGCUUGAGACUGCGGACUCAGCUGCAGCAAGCCCUGCACACUCCAGAGUACCGCACCAUCAGCAGACGAGACGACGUCCUGACCUGGCUUAAUGGAUCUCUGCUGCCUCGGCUGCUGGAUGAGUCGUCUCUCCUCAGAGACACAGGAAGCCUGCUGCUCGGCUCCCCGAGGCUCCGACAAACCCGUGACAUACAAGCUGGUUUCAGACCAAGAGAGCAAUCGCCUCCCUUGGUCACAUCCCUGACUAGAGCCGCAGAGAAUGACACAGUCACUGGUGCAAGCCAUAUAGAUUGGGCUCGGAUGGAGGAGUCUGACAGCAGAAAUGUGCUUCACCACUUUAACAGAAGCCUGCAGGAGGCCUCUUCCUCCCUGCAGCAGCUGCAGCAGCUGCACUGGAUCGACCACAGGACUCGAGCCGUGUGUGUGGAGUUCUCCCUCUACAACGUCAACACGAAUCUGCUGGCUGUUUUCAGGUUUUUGUUUGAGUUCCCAGUUUCUGAGCGCGCUCAGUCCAGCCUGGAGCUCAGUGUCCUCACUCUGUGGCCGAUCACAGGCCUGGACCUUCAGCUUCUCCUCACGUUGGUCCUCCUCUGCUUCAUCUUGUACUUCCUGGUGCGAGGAAUCCUGGGACUCCUCAGGGAGGGCUACACGUACCUGUUGUCAUCGUGGAGAGUGCUGGGUAUAUUCAAGCUGUGUCUGGCAGCAUCUGUGUGCGGGCUCCAUCUGAGCCGCUCCGUCAUGGCCAGGCAGCAGUGGACGUUGUUCCUGAAGCGACGCCGAGAUGCCUUCACGGACUUCCACCCGCUGGCCAGGCAGAGUCAGCUGUACGCCGUCAUGUCUGCCAUGCUGCUGUUCAUUCUGGUGCUAAAGGCGUCGCACCAGUUGCGUUUUCUCCGGGAGUGGGCGGUGUUCGGCAGAGCUCUGCGGCGCUCGGCCUGGGAGCUCCUGGGAGUGGCGUCGGCUCUGCUGCUGCUGCUCCUGGCUUACUCGCACGCAGGACACCUGCUCUUUCACUCUGUGCUGGACGGCUACGGCAGCGUGAGCGCCGCCUGUCUGUCGUUGUUGGGAGCCGGGGGGAGAGGCCUUUUAUCGUGGCUCCCUGCCUCGACAAUGACCGGUCCCUCACACACCGUCUCCUCCCUGGCGUUCCACGCGACCUUCGCCGUCCUCCGGCUGGUUUUCCUGUGGUUGAUCAUCUCUGUGCUGCUGAGGAACUACCGGCGCGCCCGAGCAGAGCUGUACCGCCCCGCCGUGGAUCUCCAAGACUACGAGAUGGUGGAGCUGUUUGUCAGACGACUGAAAAUGUGGAUGGGACUCAGCAGGACCAAAGAGUUUCGUCACAAAGUCCGUUUCGAAGGCAUGGAGCUCCCGCCGUCCCGCUCGUCCUCCACCAGCGACUGCAAGUCCCUGUGUCUGCCCCCGCUGGACAGCCCGGACUCCGCGCCCACGCCGGACAGCAUCGAUGCUGGCUCAGAGGCCUCGUGGCGUCCAGCCUCCUCGAGCCCCUGCAGCCUGACGGAAGCGCCCGGGGUCAGUCUUGGCCUGGGCCUGGGUUUGGGUCUGGGUCUCGGCCCUGGAGUGGUGGUAGGGGGCACGAGCUGGAGGGAGAGGGCGGAGACGGAGGCCUCUCUGAGGAGGCUGCUCCCAACCCUGGACGCUCUCCUGCAGCAGCUCGACCGAGUCAACAUGACGACAGACGAUGUUUACCACAUCGAGUGCAGGCUGGAGCGGGCUCAGCGGAAAAGGAGGCGCAGCAGGAGAGAAAGAGGAGAGGACGCUCAUGACAGGAGAGGGGAGAGUAAGCAGAGAGGGAAGGGGGACGACAAGGACGUGAAAGAACGAAAGACUGGAAAAGAGAAGCACACCAGGGGGAGAAAGGAGAAAAAGACUGAACUUCCUAGAGAGUCAGCUACCAAAAAGACUCCGGUCGCCACGCCGAUUCCCUUUUCAAAGCCCAGACCUACAUUGGCCUCCGCACAGCCCCACAUCUUGCAAUCAUCAGUCACAGAUAAACCCACCACUGGCCCCACCCCAACAAGCACUUCCUCUCUCCACAACCCACCCUCCAAAACACCCUCCGCUCCCUCAUACCCCCGAGCACCCACUCCCUCCCUGCUGACCGCCCGAGGCCCCACGCCCAUUAUUACCCGAGACCGGGACCCGCAGGCGGACAGAGAGACCCUCCCUUCCUCAAGUCUGUUCAACCACCCGGCUCACACCACCACCAUCCCCACAUGGAAGAGGAAGCGGAAACCCCCGCCCCUGAAAAACAAGGUGCACCCCACUUAGCAGGUCGUCCCCAAAACCCUUAGGGGUGAGUGGGAACUAGAGGAGAAGGAGAACGUAGGAGGAAAACGUUGGGUUAAGGACGAGAGGAGAGCGAGGACAGCCGGUCUUGUCCCCAGACGCACCUCUUUAAACCCUGGGACAGAGAAGCGAAACCGAGGGGGAUUGCAAAGAGAUGAGAAAGUUGCGUAAAGACGGAAUAAUUGAGCCAGUUGUUUGAAAAAAGUUAGGGUAAUCGGAAGAAGAAGAAUUCGGUCUUGGCUCACUCUUAAAGCAUGGUGCAGGUCACUGGAUGCUACCUAAGCUGACCGAUGAAACAGUGAAACCAAGAGAUACUUGUGUUUAGUUCUCCAAAACCCCCUCACCCUUUCCCCGUCGUCAUGUGAUCCUGGAGGUCUCAUGGCGCUGUGACAGGAGCACAGGAAGGUGCUCACCAGACUGUACAGCCACACUUCUCUGUAUAUUUGUUUGUCUUCAUUUUGUUAAAUGUCAGCAGUUUGGACAGCACGGGUGCCGGUUCAAGCCAUCCAUGUAUCCUGGAACCAAAGAUUCCUACAGGAACGCACAUCGUACAUGCAUGUAUAUAACACUGUAGUUACAUAUCAGUAGAUGGAAAUGUGCCUUAAGCAACCGGCCCUACGAGGUACGAGGAGAGGCGUGCACGUGUGUGACGCUGUUGAGAUUUCAGCAGUCACUUCUUGAGGGUGCUGAUGAUACAGUGCCGGCCACAUAUAGAGGUAAACGUGUGCAAAAGUCUUACAGUUUAACUAAUGUUUUAGCACAGCUGAGUAAUAUCACACUGAAAAAAAUGUUAAAAUCUCAAACUUUAAUUUGAGAGCAUUGAUUCGGUGAGGAAAAUAUGUGCACAGAAAUAAUAAUUUUUAAUAACAGAACUAUGUUUGGUACUAAAGCAAAUUGAAAGACUAGCAUAAAGAACAAACUGUUUCUAUUGAAAAGGAUGAAAGCAGCACAGACAAAAUAAAGAAUUAAACUUCAGUAGUGUAGUAAACUCAGUCAGUUGUGACAGUUGUCUAGACUUUGUCGGAUUCUUGUGAAACUUUGGAAAUGUUCACUUCACACCCGUCCUGCUUAGUCCGCUUCAAUCAAACUCUGGUUGGUUUGCCUUAAACGUCCAAUCAGACCUUGGUGUGCCUUAAAACCUCGGUCACAUUUCUGUUCAAGUCAACAGCAAAAGCAGGAAGUGGAUCAUAGCGCAGGGCAUUCUGGGUAAAUACAACCAAAACAAACGUGAGAGUCUUUCACUA